CAGUUUCCGACCACUUGUAGGGACAAAUUCGGAGGAUACGCACACCUAUGGAGGACCUUGGCAUAUCCUUUAUCAUAUUCCGUGUUUGUAUUUGCAAGGGAGAACAAGAAGAAAGAGUUCGUUCUAUUUAUAUCUAAUCUAUUACAUUAGGCGUACGUCUUGGAGGUAGCUAGUACAUCAUUUCAAAGACUAGUUCUAGUUGGGAGAAGUGACGGCAAAGAUGCGACUUCCACUUACAUUCAUUCUGAUUUGCAAGCUAUGUUUGGGUCUUCAAAUGGGUAGGUUUUUCCAUUGCUCACUUUUCCAUUCCUUUAUUGUACAAUGUGUUCAUUUUACGCACAACAUUCUCCACUAUUGUGACUGGUAUGAAUAUAAGGGUAUUCAAAACAAAUUAGUAGUCUAUAAAUGUUUGCUUUUUAAUGUGUUUUGUUGUAGACACGGUCAUUCAGUUCCAGCGGUCGGGAGUGGUCGGUGAGGUCGAGGCCGUCGAGCAGGUAUUGAUCAACAGAGCCCCUCUCUCCAGCUGCGGGAAAGACAUCAUCGCCAUUCUCCGUGCUGUAUUGUUGGGCAACUACAGCGAGUCUUUUCAACAUGCGUUUGAGAUAGAAGAAAAUGUCAACAACACCAUGACAAGUAGGCCUAAUGCAUAACUGUAUGAACUUACGGUAACACGCAAAUACAGUACACAAACACAACGCAAACCUUUUGAGGGCACAGGAGCCUUGCUCAAGGGCACAAUGGCAGGUACCUGAGACCUGACACUUGUAUUGCCCGUGCUGGGACAAAUCAACCUCUUUGACUGACAAGGAAUACAAUCAGAGAUAUUCUGAUAAAGGUUACAUUCAUUCUUAACCAUUCCUUUCCAUUUUUCCCUUCCAUAACCAGAAAAUCAUACUUACCAGUACCUGCGUGUGCGUGAAUGCAAACUGGACGGAUUUCGAGUGGUGCAUUUGACCGACCGGCUCCUGGUCGACGGGAAUUACUUCCUGACUCUGGACCGAAACACAGACACCUGGACAGCUGAGGUACCACAGGCCCUCGCACUCAAACAGCUUUGGGACCAGGACACUGAGCGCACGAGGCUAGAGAGGAUUCAACUCCACGAGAGCUGUGCCAAACUGAUGAAGGAGCUCACACAUUCUGAGCCCACCACCACUGGAGGUAAGGUCACAGGGGGAGGCCUACUUGGUGCCACUAUGCUUACAGUGUACACUGAAAGAGUAGUGUAUAAAUGCUAAAUGACUAAAAUGUAAAUGUAUAGGUUAGACGGCAGUGUGUGGGGGUGUAUGUAGCGCAUGGAUCUGUGAAAUUUACGCUACUCUUCAGCCUGAAGUGUUUCCACGCUAGCUUUUCUUUUGGCGCCGACUGGUAAGACGCUUCAGGAGGGCGGUCACGUGUGCUAGCAAGGCAGAGGUCCUGGGUUCGAGCCUUGGUGUGAGCCGGAUCAGGAGGAUGUAGUACUCGCUAAGCAAGCAGAGUGACGUCGUUUAGAGUGGUGCCAGUGACUAUCUACAGUUGCGCUCAGCUCAACGCUGGGGUCGGUGUUGAGUAAAUUUGAGGGGUGAAUGUAGCACAUCAAUCAAAUCACAUUUUAUUUGUCACAUGCUUCGUACGCAACAGGUGGAGACUAACAGUGCAGAGUUAAAGAUAAGAUAAAAAAUAGAAAUAGUGACAUGAGGAAUAAAUCAGAGGUGUGGACUCGAGUCACAAAUUUGAUGACUUGAGAUAGAAAAUAAAACAAUUUGAGACUUUACUUCGACUCGGGACUCGAUUUAGACUUGAGACUGAAGACUUGAAAUUAUCUGGCCAGAUUUUGUAACGUUUUGUCACUCAUUUUGUGACACAGAGUCUCCGUGGAUCAAUUAGGCUACUCUCCAGAGACAGUAUUGCACUUGCCAAAAAAAAUAGAUUAGCCAGUUGAACGCACAUUCGGCCCUCUGAUUGGACCAGCAAACUGUCAAUCAACACAGGUCGGGUGACCUACAGUAGCGCAGUGAGAAGGUUUUGGGGGGGUCGCGAGUGUGAAACUGAAUGGGGAAAAAUGCGUAAAAAAUAUAUACAUAUUUGAAUAGGGUAGAUAUAGUCUACCAUUUGUAUUUUAUAUUUAUACCUUUGUUUAUUCGAUCUGGUUACUAACAUAGGCCUACGGCAUUGCACCAAACUCUUGUAAUAUGUGCUGUAGAACUGUUGACCAAUGGCCUGUCAUCAGCACUGGCGCGCAAAGGCUGUCGCACAUAUCCAGAUUAGUGACCAGAAUGCACUUGUUUAAUUUUCUCCGGUUUUGCCUGGGAAAAACAGAGUAGCCUGCCUACAUUAAUAUUAUCCAUAUAAAAUUCAGCAAUCUGCUACGGACUCGUCUUUGCCAGAACAAUAGGCUGGUGAUUUCAUGAUAAUGUUCCUAUUUCAGAUAGGCCUAGUUUGGGUGGGUUAUAAUUAUAUACCUCAGUGGUGGUACUGGCUAUAUGUCUAAAGAUAGCUGUAAUAUCGCACUACCUUCAAUAUAAUAAUAAUAUAUAAUUAAAAUAAUAUUCAAUACUUAUGGGAUGAAGAUGUAACAUAUUGUGGGGAAUUAAUUACGAUAUUUGUGAGGAAGAAAAAGGCUACAGACAGAUCAUGCUUUCCCUCCGAUUCUGCAACCCCUGCUGCAUACAGUAAUAUAAAUAAUAAUAUGCCAUUUAGCAGCACCUGUGCGCGCGUGCAUGUGCGUGCGCGGGGAUCGCAAGCUUUGAACCACUCCUUUUUGGGGGUCGCUGGUAUUUUUUUUUGACAUCAACUGAGCUAGCGAAUAGAUUGCUGAUUUGCUGUACAGCUAUAGAAUCGGUGCAGCGCAAACGUCAAAUUAUAGGGAGAGAGGAUUUACAUUAUUAAUAAAUAUGCGGCUCCAAAAAUGGUUUGGUAAUCAAGAAUAUUAACUGUUUACUUUUCAUGCUCACCAACAAUGGGGCAUCAAGCAACAAUUACUAGCAUAGAUAUACUGGUCUUUUGGUAUGUCAUAAUUGCUUGAAAUGUAUAAUUGAGUUAUGAAGCUUGCAUUUUGAAUUUGUUGUUAAAAUUAAUUAUUACAUAAUCAAAAUGUGUUGACAAAAUAAUGAAAAGGGCUGUCUGGUAGCCUCAAUAAAUAGACAAAGAUUUCGUGACCUUGGGACAAUAAAGUUAUAUCUGCACUAAUUACAGUUCUGAGAUAUUGAGCAUCAGUUUUCACAUUUCAGAACUGUUUUGUAGUGAAUAUUUUUUUUCAUAACCCAUUAAGGUCCUCACCUUAAAGGUACAUAAUCCUGAGCCAUUUGUAAAUUUGUUUUGUAGGGGGGUGCAAUAGCAGAUAGAACCUUAUGGCCCUGUUCAGUUUUGAAGAAGACUGUAGCUAUUUGCAUACAUAAAUGAUAGAAUAACACUAUUUUACCAAAAUAGAGUCAGAACACAUCAUCAAAUCAUUAUGAUCAUUAGACAAAUUACUCUCAUCACUGAACAAAGAUGUGACAUCAUUUACUUUAAGAAUUCUGACAGUGUUGUUGUUUUUUGCUUGCUUGCCAUUAUUGUUGGCUAGACUAGCCUAGACCAUAUUUAGAGGGAGAUGGCAAAGACAUGUUCUGAUUGGUUCGUCUCUAUUUCAUGCUUGUGAUUUGAUUGCAGAUAGAACCUUCUAGCGCCAAGUUCAAAUGGGUUUAUGCCGAUAGAACUUUCUAGCUGUUAAUUUCUUUCACUUAAAAUGUACUUUAAAAAUAUAUAUACCUUUACAGACAUAUGAAGAACCAUCUAAAGAUAUAUUAUAUGAGACUAACUCAUUUUUGACAAAAAUGUCAGAUAGAACCUUAUAGUCCCAUGGUCUCGAUUUGUAGUUGAACAAGUCAUUGCAUGUAUAGAUUUUUACUUGACUCGACUUAACUUGCUCUUAGAAUGCACGACUUGGACUUGACUCAAGACUCGACCCGUUCUACUUGGGACUCAACUUAAGACUUGAACCUUGUGAGUUGAGACUUGCUUGUGACUUGGUCCCACCUCUGGAAUAAAUACACAGUGAAUAACGAAUACAAAUAAGGAGUGAAAAUAACAUGGCUAUAUACUGUAUGUGUGUAUGUGAAGCUCAUGUGUCAGGUGUAACAAAAUGUGUAACAACUCAAACACCCUCAGGCCUACACGCCACAAGAUCCACAGAUUGUUCCCUUUCUUUAGUCACUUGUUUAACUAGUUAUGAAGCAGGUGAAUCAGGUGAAUUCCUGUUGUUGUGUGUGUUCCUGCAGGGAUGUCCAUGCUGGCUGCCCUGGCUUCAUUGCUAGCAGGCCUGGUCUUUGUUGCCCUGGUUACCGCAAGCUUCCUCAUCUUUAAACAACAAGGUAAGCGACAUUAUAAAGCAUACAGUACUGGUUUAUCGCUUGUUGACCCCCCUGAUCUUUAAAGGCCCAGUCUGGGAUAUUUACAGAAUGGCUUUCAUAAUCUGGAGAAAAGUUAUUGCAUGCAAUUAAAUGUUUAUGUACUUUAUACUUUUAUAUACAAUUCUAAAUGUGACUUUGGAUCUUUGAUGGUAACAUUAUUGUGCUGUAUAAAAGUAAUUGUGUACAUACAACCGUCCCCAUGACAACAUGCACCUUAAGAAAGUAUUCAUACCCCUUGACUUAUUCCACAUUUACAGCCUGAAUUCAAAAUGGAUAAAGAAAAAGUUUUACUCACUCAUCUGCACACAAUACCCCAUAAUGACAAAGUCAAAGCAUGUUUUUAGAAAUUGUUGCAAAUUUAUUGAAAAUUAAAUACAGAAAUAUCUCAUUUACAUAACUAUUCACACCCCUGAGUCAAUACUUUGUAGAAGCACCUUUGGCAGCGAUUACAGCUGUGAGUCUUUCUGGGUAAGUCUCUAAGAGCUUUGCACACCUGUAUUGUACAAUAUUUUCACAUUAUUCUAAAAAAAAUUAUUCAAGCUCUGUCAAGGUGGUUGUUGAUCAUUGCUAGACAGUCAUUUUCAAGUCUUGCCAUAGAUUUUCAAGUCGAUUUAAGUCAAAACCUGUAACUCGGCCACUCAGGAACAUUCAGUGUCGUCAACAGAAGUGAGUGCUACAGGGCGGUAGUCAUUGUGGCAUGAAGCCUUCGAGUUCUUGGGAACAGGAAUGAUGGUGGUCAUCUUAAAACAUGUGGGGAUUACUGACUGGGACAAGGAGAGGUUGAAAAUGACCGUGAAUAUGCCUGCCAGCUGUUCUGUGCAUGCUCUGAAAACACGCCCUGGAAUACCGUUGGACCCCACGGCCUUGCGGGUGUUGACCUGAUUAAAUAAGUUUUUUCACGUCGGCCUCGGAGAGUGAGAUCACCCAAUCCUCUGUGUCGGUGACGGCCCUCACACCCAGCACGAUGUUGUUGUUGUUGUCAAAGAUUAUUGUUAUUGUUAUUGGACACAGAGUGAGUUCAUGCAACUUACUAUGUGACUGGUUAAGCAAAUGUUUACUCCUGAACUCAUUUAGCCUUGUCAUAUCAAAGGGGUUGAAUACUUAUUACUCAAGACAUUUCAGUUUAAAUGUUUUUAUUUAUUUUUUAAUCAAAAAACAUAAUUCCACUUUGAUAUUAUGGGGUAUUGUGUGUAGGCCAGUGACACAACAUCUAAAUGUAAUCCAUUUUAAAUUCAGGCUGUAACACAACAAAAUGUGAAAAAAGUCAAGGUAUGUGAAUACUUUCUGAAGGCACUGUAGAUAGCCUACAGCAGAGUCUGUCAGGGUGUCAAAUGUGCAGUGGUAGGACGGAGUCAGGCGCAGGACACAGAACUGAGUACACAACGUACUUUACUCGGAAAAUCAAACACUAAUUUCCACGCAGGGAAAACACACCAGCUCACAAAAGCGUAUGACACAACACAACGAACAAACACGCACAAAACCAUGUUGGAACCAGAGAGUUAAAUAGGGAAAUAAUCAACAUACAAUGGGAACCAGGUGUGUACAAACAAGACCUAAACCAAUGGAAAACAGAAACGCAGAUCGGUGGCAGCUAGAAAGCCGGUGACGACGACCGCCGAUAGCCGCCUGCACAAGGAGAGGCACCGACUUCGGCGGAAGUCGUGACAGUACCCAUCCCUUGACGCGCGGCACCAGCAGCGCACCGACACCGGCCUCGGGGAAGACCCGGAGGACGAGGCGCAGGACGAUCCGGGUGGAGACGGUGAAAUUCCUGCAGUAAGGAAGGGUCCAGGAUGUCCUCCACCGGCACCCAGCAUCUCUCCUCCGGACCGUACCCCUCCCACUCCACGAGGUACUGAAGGCCCCUUGCCCGACGUCUUGAGUCCAUGAUGGCUCGUACAGUAUACGCCGGGGCCCCCUGCCCCUCGCACCUCAGACUGCUGGAGCGGACCUGCUACCACCGGCCUGAGGAGAGACACAUGGAACGAGGGGUUAAUACGGUAAUCAGGGGGAAGCUGUAACCUAUAACAUACCUCGUUCAGUCUCCUCAGGACUUUAAAUGGCCCCACAAACCGCGGACCCAGCUUCCGGCAGGGCAGGCGAAGGGGUAGGUUUCGGGUCGAGAGCCAGACCCGGUCCACCGGGGCCUCACUGCGGUGGCGGUCGGCGCUCGCCUUCUGUCGCCUGAUGGCCCGUUGCAGGCGCACAUGGGCAGCGUCCCAGGUCUCCUCCGAGCGCCGAAACCAUUCAUCCACCGCAGGUGCCUCGAUCUGGCUCUGAUGCCACGGUGCCAGGACCGGCUGAUAACCUAAUACACACUGAAAUGGAGACAGGUCAGUAAAGGAGUGGCGGAGGGAGUUUUGGGCCAUCUCUGCCCAGGGGAUGAAAGCUGCCCACUCCCCCGGCCGGUCCUGGCAAUAGGACCACAGAAACCUACAGACGUCCUGGUUAACUCUCUCCACCUGCCCAUUACUCUCGGGGUGAAAACCUGAGGUCAGGCUGACCGAGAUCCCCAGACGUUCCAUGAACGCCCUCCAGACCCUCGAUGUGAACCCUGAUCAGACACUAUAUCCUCAGGCAUCCCGUAGUGCCGGAAGACGUAGGUAAACAGAGCCUCCGCAGUCUGUAGGGCCGUAGGGAGACCUGGCAAAGAAAGGAGACGGCAGGACUUAGAAAACCGACCCACAACGACCAGGAUCGUGGUGUUACCUUGUGACGGAGGAAGAUCCGUCACGAAGUCCACCGAUAGGUGUGACCACGGCCGUUGUGGAACGGGUAGGGGUUGUAAUUUCCCUCUGGGCAGGUGUCUAGUUGCCUUGCACUGGGCGCACACCGAGCAGGAGGAAACAUAAACCCUCACGUCCUUAGCUAAAGUGGGCCACCAGUACUUCCCACUAAGACAGCGCACUGUCCGACCGAUGCCAGGAUGACCAGAGGAGGGUGACGUGUGGGCCCAACAGCUCAAUCGAUCGCGGACAUCAACCGGAACGUACAGACGCCCAACUGGACACUGGGUAGGAGUGGGCUCCGUACGUAACGCCCGCUUGAUGUCCGCGUCAACCUCCCAUACCACCGGUGCCACCAGGCAAGAAGCCGGAAGUAUGGGAGUGGGAUCCGUGGACCGCUCCUCUGUGUCAUACAACUGGGACAGUGUGUCUGCCUUAGCGUUCUGGGAACCUGGUCUGUAGGAUAGGGUGAAAACAAAACGGGUGAAAAACAUGGCCCACCUUGCCUGGCGAGGGUUCAGUCUCCUCGCCGCCCGGAUGUACUCCAGAUUGCGGUGGUCAGUCCAAAUGAGGAAAGGGUGUUUAGCCCCCUCAAGCCAAUGCCUCCACGCCUUCAGAGCCCUGACAACAGCUAAAAGCUCCCGGUCCCCCACAUCAUAGUUUCGCUCCGCCGGGCUGAGCUUCUUCGAAAAGAAAGCACAGGGGCGGAGCUUUGGUGGCGUCCCCGAGUACUGAGACAGCACAGCUCCUAUCCCAGCCUCGGAUGCAUCCACCUCUACUAUGAAUGCCAAGGAGGGAUCAGGAUGAGCCAACACGGGAGCCGAGGUAAACAGAGCCUUCAGGUGACCAAAAGCCCUGUCUGCCCCAGCUGACCACUGCAGUCGCACCGGUCCCCCCUUCAGCAAGGAGGUAAUGGGAGCCGCUACCUGAUGUCAUCUAUAUACACCACUACACCCUGCCCGUGCAGGUCCCUGAACAUCUUGUCUACGAAGGAUUGGAAGACUGAUGGAGCAUUCAUCAACCCGUACGGCAUGACGAGGUUCUCAUAGUGCCCAGAGGUGGUACUAAAUGCUGUCUUCCACUCAUCCCCCUCCCGGAUACGCACCAGGUUGUAAGCGCUCCUGAGAUCCAAUUUGGUGAAGAAGCGCGCCCCGUGCAAUGACUCUGUCACACUGGCUAUGAGAGGCAGUGGGUAAUUGUACUUCACAGUGAUCUGAUUUAGCCCACGAUAGUCAAUGCACGGACGUAAACCUCCAUCCUUCUUCUUCACAAAAAAGAAACUUGAGGAGGCAGGUGAAGUGGAAGACCGAAUGUAUCCCUGUCCCAGAGAUUCGGAGACAUAUGUUUCCAUAGCCGCCGUCUCCUCCUCAGACAGAGGAUACACGUGACUCCUGGGAAGUGCUGCACCUACCUGGAGAUUUAUCGCACAAUCCCCCUGUCGAUUGGGUGGUAGUUGAGUCGCCUUCUUUUUACAGAAGGCGAGAGCCAAAUCGGCAUAUUCGGGGGGAAUGUGCGUAGUGGAGACCUGGUUUGGACUCUCCACCGUAGUUGCACCUAUGGAAACACCUACACACCUCCCUGAGCACUGACGUGACCAUCCCUUGAGAGCCCUCUGUUGCCACGAAAUAGUGGGGUCAUGAGAGGCCAACCAGGGAAGCCCCAACACCAGAGGAAACGCAGGAGAAUCGAUCAGGAAGAGACUAAUUCUCUCCUCAUGACCCUCCUGCGUUUUCAUCCAUAGUGGAGCUGUGACCUCCCUAAUCAGGCCCGACCCUAAAGGACGACUAUCUAAGGCAUGUACAGGGAAGGGCACAUCAACAGGAACAAUAGGGAUCCCUAAUCUACGUGCAAAUGAACUGUUAAUAAAGUUCCCAGCUGCGCCUGAGUCGACUAGCGCCUUAUGCUGGGAAUGCGGGGGAAACUCAGGAAAUUCUAUACAAACAUACAUGUGCGCAACAGGGCGCUCUGGGUAAGUCCGGUGCCUACUCACCUGGGAUGAUCCACCAGGCACCAACUUCGGUGGAAGUCGUGACAGAGUCAAUAGAUAAUGAGUCUUGUUUCUCUAUCUCUCUUUAGAUCCCAAAGUUUCAGGACACCCUGGAGGUAAGAAUGUUUUCACUUCAAUCUCAUUGUCCCCAUUGGUUUCUUGGUUAACAGUAAUAUGGAACGAUUAAUAGAAGAUUAAUUAUUAACAGAUGGGUUAGUUGGUUGUCUGGGCACUGCUGCCUCCUAAACCACACCCUGUAAACAUUAACGUGACUGGGCACAGCCUCUAUCAUAGACUCCUUAUCUUCUGAUGCUACUGGCCUUCUGUGUGCUUAUCUUACUGGUGUGUGUGUGUGUCUGUUUGUCUUACACCGGUAGUUCCCUUUUUGUCAAAGGUGUGAUUCCUAGGGCUGAGGGUAGUAUUCAUGAUCACAGAGUAUGGUGUCAUCACCUAAGGCCUCAUCCUGACAGUGAAUUUUUGGGAUUCCAUUCUUCCUGGACAUUCCUACAUUAGAAAGAUGCUGUUCAAACAUGUUCAGCAACAUAGUCCGCAGCUGUUUUGGUAAAUCCUGAUUGUGUCCCAGUUGUAGGUCUAUAUCACUUAUGCCGUUAGCACACUAGUGACGUGUAUGUUAAUAAUAAUAUGCCAUUUAGCAGACACUUUUAUCCAAAGCGACUUACAGUCAUGCAUGCGUACAUUUUUUGUGUAUGGGUGGUCCCGGGGAUCGAACCCACUACCUUGGCGUUACAAGCGCCGUGCUCUACCAGCUGAGCUACAGAGGAUGUUCAUGUACUCUAUCUGCAUUACACAAUAGAUGUGCAAUUGUUGCCUAAAGCAGUGACAUCAUGGGAAUGAUCAAAUUGACCACUAUAGCAGAACAGUAAUUAAAAAGUAGACAGUACCAACAGUGAGAGAAUGAAGGACUCUUGAACCCUACACUGCUGUAGUGCUGUGUGGUUAUAACUCAUUUACAUGUCUCCUACCACAGGAGGUUGGUGGCACCUUAAUUGGGGAGGACGGGCUCGUGGUAAUGGCUGGAGUGGAAUAGUAUCAAACACAUGGUUUCCAGGUGUUUGAUGCCAUUCCAUUUGCUCCGUUCCGGCCAUUAUUAUGAGCCGUUCUCCCCUCAGCAUGCACCACCUGUCGGGUGUUUGUGUUCCCGUCUUCUUACUGUUGUCUCAUCUCUCAUAUCUCACAUGUUUACCAUUUUCGCAUAGUGACUGUUACGUGACUGAGGGAAACGUCAGUAGUUAACUAUGUGUGUAUGUCUAAGGUGUGUUUUACAUCUUGAUAAAAUGUGUGUGUGUGUUUCUUUUUCCUCCCUGCAGGUGUCCUUGGCUCCAUCGUCCACUAUCCUGAGAACAUCCUAGAAACACCUCAGGCCCCUCAUCCAGGAAAAGGCUAUCAGGUCCUCUAAAACCCAACGCUACUUUCCGUAUCUACUUGUGAUGUUAACUGGUCACUAGUCACUACACAGCAGUCUGGUCUGGUGACCAAAAUGCCUUGGUUGCGGUCUGAUUUCCUACCUUUCGCCUCAGAAUGUAUGUUCACUCUCCCUUGAUAUGGUGGAAACUGCUCACACUAAUUCAAUGCUUUUAAAUCCAUGAGGGGGAGUGAGCAAAUACACAUUUUGGGGUAUGGGCAUUGUAAUUCACCAAUGUAUGUUCCCUGGUCCAUCCAAGUCUCUGGUCCCCAUUUCUCCCUGGGCCUUCUUCCAACAGGCCCUAUUCCUACAGUUGAAGUCGGAGGUUUACAUACACCUUAGCCAAAUA